AUGACAGUCCGAUAUAAGGCGGAAGAACGAAACCAGGACUCACGAGACGAAUACGCUCAUUACAUUUCUAAAUUUCAAACAUUAAAAUUGGUUUUUGUGGACGAGUCUGGAUGUGAUAAGCGAGUUGGAUUCAGACGGACGGGAUGGUCACCGUUAGGUGUGGCACCGAUCCAGAUUUUGAAGUUCCAUCGCGACAAAAGGUAUCAGAUUUUGCCGGCAUAUGCUCGGGAUGCCAUAGUUUUGUCGCGCAUCUUCCAGGGCUCGACAGAUGCAUUGGUCUCUGAAGAUUUUAACGAACAGCUUCUCCAGCACUGUGGAAAGUGGCCGGGACCAAAGUCUGUACUUGUCAUGGACAACGCGUCUGUUCAUCAUUCAGACCAUAUAUAUAAUAUAUGCGUGAAUGCAGGGGUUAUUGUCUUGAUUGGUGCAUUGAUGUUGGCACGAGAGAGCAGAGUGCUAAGGGCCAUUUUCGACACGCAGGUCUAG